AUGGGUCGCAUCUUUCUUGACCAUCCUGGAGGAACUCGGCUGUAUUCUUGCGCUAACUGUGACACUGCGUUGACAAAUCGCUCGUUGUUGACCUCGAUGGUAAGUUACGUAUGCUAAUCAAGGUUUUAGGAGAAAAAUAAUAAACACAAGACGUGGUAAGUUUAUCUCAAAUCUAUUUGUGCACAGUUCAAAGUAACGAAAAUUUUGUAAAAUGAGCAUUGUAGUUCGCGGCUUGCUCAUUGUGUCGUACAGUCGACAGCUUCAUAUGAAAUAGAGGUGACUUUAUUUGUCGUACGCGUAAAAGUGGGCUCUGUAUAUAGUUAAUCGAAAAUUGUCAGCUAAGUUUAUGAUUUGCAUUAAGACUUAAUUUAAUUCCAUGUGUCUUAGUUGGUACAUUUCAAUGUUAUUGUUACGUCGUGAUUAUUAUUAUCAAUGCCUCACUUACUGCGGUACUUUUGAAAGCUCGGCCAUGAUUAUAAUUCAAAAUAAACUGGAAUUCAAUACUGGAAGUCCUCGAAGGGAGAUUGAAUAUUGAGGCCAAUAAUAUUUGCACGACGUGAAACAUAUAAAAAACGGUCUUAAAUCAUCUUUUGUGGUUCUUGAAAAUACUUUAGGUAAACAAUUUGCUGGUAUUGAGUUUAAGUAGAGGGGGGCCUAAGAUAUUUAUGGCUGUGUGUGGAACCUCAAACAGUUAUUUUUUAAUUAAAAUAUUUGCCAACCCAGCCUGAGACCAUUCUCCUUAGUGGGGAAAUGGGCGAAUAACAGGAAUUGAGGAGGGAAAGGGGCAGUGGAUCCUGGAUGCAUUAAAAUUUGGGCAAAAACAUUGCCCAUGCAAGAUUGCACAAAGUCCACUUCUGGUUAACGUCCUUCACUCAAAAAUGUCGUCUCUGUUAGAGUGAAGACACUUAGUAAGACACGUGGUAGCAUCAAGGCACAGUAAAAGAAAAAGGCCUCACUUAUGGUUGAGGUGCAUAUUUGCUCAAAAACGCCUUUGCUUGAGGUCACCUACUAUUGAUACCACCGAUCCACCCUCCAGUAAUUUACCUGUCAUUGAAAAGUCAAUCAAGUCGUCAAAAAGAUGUUUCGGGAGAAAUUGUCCCAUGUGCAACUGCUGAAAAGGCAAAGGGAUCAUCCUGGCAAGGCUCAAGGGACAAAUGUCAACAAUACAGCAAAUCUGUCAAUGUUAAGACAUUUGACCAAUCCGAGCAAGUUACCAGUAUCUGGUAUCAUGGAUUGGCAGCAUCAAAGGCUUGUCUUCAGGUCCCACUGCCCUUCCCCUUCCCAACUGCUUUCAAUUUUUUAUACCUGUUAUUAACCUUCUUUCGCCCACUAAGAGGAUCCAGGUCCCAGGCUAAUGUCAAAGGCAGGUUAUUACUAACACAGAGUAAAAUUUUAAUCCAGGUUCCUUUUUUGAUUGCUAAAAAGGUUGGCCUUUAAGUUACUAAUAAUUAUUAAUCUACAAGUUUUAUAACAUAUUUUGUGUCAUCGCUAUACUAUACUUAUCCUAAUAAAAUACUAUUGCAAAGUUGUAUAAAUUUUUACUUAGUUGUUUUUGGUUUUGAUUCAAUCUUUAGAGGUUCAAUGGAGCCACAGGAAGAGCAUUUCUGUUUAAGAAAGUGUGAGUUAUGUGCAUCUAGUAAAAUGCCUUGUUGUUAACAGAAACCCAAAACAUUCACUAAUAUCUUACCCAGAUGCUGUAAUGUAUUAUAUUCUAGGGUGAACUUAUCAUACAGUGAAGUUCAAGACAGAGUUAUGGUAUGUGAAAAACUCUUCCUUUCCAGAAAAAACCCUAACAAAUAGACAGUGAAAAUUUUUUACACAUUUCUGCCUUGUCACCAAAGUUAAGGAACCUGAUGGAUUAAGCUAGUUCCUUAGCAGAAUAAAUAUUUUAAUUAUUGCAGUUACUUUUAUCCCUUGAAGCCUGCGGUCAAAAACCAUGGGGUACUGGUUGAUGGGUUAACCAAUAAAGAUUAAAAUUUGAGGUGCAUAAACUUUAUUAAUCACAGUGCGUGAGAGUUAAUUAUGGUUGCUUGAAUUAAAAAAUAACCUCAGGAGUUGUGAUUGUCUGGAUAAUUAGGUUUAUGUGAAAGUUAAUGUGCAUAGUUGACGUGUAGAAAUGUAUGUGACUUUCCUCUUUUCUUGAAAUAUUUGAUGUAAUUUAAUGUUUACAUUUUUUGUUGUUCUGUAGCUCACUGGAAGGCACAUGGUCAGAGAUGUUUUCUGCAAAAAUUGUGAAACAAAGCUUGGGUGGAUGUAUGUAAGUGUAAUAAUGAACUUUGAUAACAUAUAUAUAAGUAAUUUUAUAUUUAAUUAAUCAUUGUUAUAAAGGGCUAAAAAUAGUUAUUUGUAACAAUUUUUUCCUUUUCAAAAUGUAAUAUUUUACACUCCUGUAUAUUCCUUCAAAUAUCAGAAUCCAACAGUUCAGAGAUUUUUUGUUGGUCAUGAAUUCUUUUUUUUUUCUGACAGGAAUAUGCAACUGAAGAGAGCCAACAGUAUAAGGUAUUUGCCAUAAUAACAGAUAAUAUGCUGUCAUUUUAAUGCAGACCAGUGUUGUUUUACAAUGACAGCAAUUUUGUUACCUCUGCAUCUUGCAUCCCUGACACCCUCAUGCGUCCCAUAGGACACAAAGAUCAAUCCAUUGAUCUAAACAUGCAUGUGUAUUGUAAAAAUAUCCAUCCCGUUCGUGUAGUUUCUGUGGCAGUUAUAUGGCUGUUGUUUAACGAUGCUUAUUUCUUUUAGCCUUUGUUGUGCGUUAAAAUAGAAGGACUAUAUUUUGUUUCAGUAUACUGUAAUACAGAGUUUUGGAGUCUGUCUUCAUAUUAACUCAGUCUGGUUACAUAAAGGCCUGCAAGUAUUUUCAAUUUCAGACUCGUUUUUUUUUCAACUGGUACUCAUGAUUUUUCACAAGAUAACUCACCUAUGAUAACUGUUUAUAAGAAAAUCACUGCAAUGAAGCAGGACAACCAUACCUACCUGUGGUACUGUGAGGGAGUGUUCAUUAUUAAUCAGCAGCUGGGUGUCUGGUGAAUGGCAAGGGUUGGACUAGAAAAAAAAGUUUGCCUUCCCCUUGAGGGUGCAAUGGAAAAGUUUCUGCUUGGUAAAGAGGUCCAAUUAUAAAGGGGCAAAAAACUGGGACUGUUUCCCACUGUGGGGUACAAAAUGUUUUUUAUCAUAGAGGGGGCACAAGUUUUCCCAUUCUUGUCUUUUUAAUGAGUAAAUGUUAAAGCAGAAGGAGUUCACUAAAUCAGUAACUGUUAGUUAUGUUUAUUAAGAGGGGUUUUUUGUGGCGUUCUGGCUGGCCUUGAGCUGGUAGAUCAUGAUAAUAAUAAUAUUAAAAAUAAAAAUAAAAAUAAUAAUAAUAAUAAUAAUAAUAAUAAAUAUAAUAAUAAAUAUAAUGGCUUUUCUGAGGUCAUUUACUUUGCCAGUUAAUUGUAGGCAACGUGAAUCACAGUUUCUUUGACAAAAGCUUUUGCUGUUAUUUUGUUAGACUAUUAGUUAUUAGAUAACUUACUUCAUACAAAAUAUUUUUGGUUCCACAAACCAUUUAGGUGUCCCAAACUCUGUUCAAUGAACCUAAAAUUGAAAAUUUCUUUUCCUUCUUCACACUCUAUUAUUUUUAUAUUUAAAAGCACUGAUUUGUAUUAAUAUAUAUUCUGUGUGAGUUAAAAUAAGAAAUGACUUCACUCGACUUUUGCUUGUAGGAAGGUCAAGUUAUUCUGGAAAGAGCACUGGUUACAGAGAGUGAGGGAAUUCAAGAAAUUGGUGACUUUACUCCUUAAAAGCAGAACAGCUGAUUAUUGUUAUUUAAUUAAAAAAAUAACAGUGUACUUUCAUUAAUUUUUGUAGUACAUGAACAGAAAAGGUGAACUUUGUGAUAGUAACAGGACUUAAAUUACAUUUCUCAUUAUUUUUUUUAACUCAGACAAAAGGUCUUUUUUGAGAAAAAAUUAUAAGAUUUCUAUAUGGUCCUAUAAUCUGACACAUUUGGUUGUUUGUGACUGUAAGAUCCAGUGUUUAAUACCAUCUUGAAAAAAAAAAAACAAUGUUGCCUUUUCUGUCCAUUCCUGUGUUUGAAAGAAUCUGUAAGAAAGUGUAAAUAGAUCCUGCCCAUAACCAAAUUUUCUCCCUGUCCUUCUCGUUUGAUUCAUAAUUUUCAGUUUCCUUGUAAAAUAGUUCUAGAUUUUCUGUGAGCUUUAUUUAAUGACAAAGUGAUAUUAAUAUAAGAAAAAAAUAUAUAGACAUAGAGGAUAGUACAUUGCCUCUCAGAAAUACGAAAUUUCUCUUUGAUUGUUGAAAAAUAUUUCAUGAGUGAGCACAGCGAAUGAGUGAAAUAUUUCUUCAACACAAGAAGAGAAAUUAUGUAUCUCCAAGCGGCCAUGUAAUGUUCUACUUAUUAUAUAAACACCAAUGAAAUACCAAACCAUUUCACUUUAAUAGCUUUUUGUUGUGAAAGGCACAAUUUAUUUUGUAGCCAUAGCAAUGGUGAUCUUUCACGUGUGAAGAUAACGUGUUAUUUUCACAUAUGAACAUCAUGUCCUCGCACGAAAGCUCACCUGGUAUUUCAUUGUUGUUUAUACAUGUAUAAAAAAUGGCAACUAUUUUGUAAAUUAAUUUGUGUAAGAUGAAAACUCUGAAAAGGUAUUCCUCAACCAUGCAUCACAUAAUGUUAUUUAUAUAUAAAAUUUUUGCAAAACAUGACUUUGAGCCAAGACAGGCUACUUUAUGUGUUACUUGUAUGUACAUAUGGCUUUCUGUACACUAAGCUUGUAAAACUAUACACCAAUUAAAAAAAAUUGGCCC